CAGUGUAAACACAUGCUGGAGGAGUACAUUGACUUCUGACUUCUCACGAUCACAGUGCUUUCUUUUCAAGGCAAGCUGGAGGUGUCUCUGUCUGCUGACGACACCCCAUCCUUACCUUACACACUGUCCCCGCUGGCCACAUUCAUUAAUCAGUUUCAGCGAUUUCUCUCGUGUCGUAUGUUGCCAGAAGCUGUAUGAAUGGAUACUCCAAACCCAAACAAUGCUGAAAGCAAGACUGAAGCUCAAGAUAUUUUCAAAGGGGUCACCUACUAUAUUGUUGGAGACAUCAGUUCCAAGGUGACCCAACUGUUGGACAGAUAUGGAGCCAAGCGUGAUUCCUAUCUCAGCGAGAUGGUUAGCCAUGUUAUUGCUGACACUAUGUCGGAUGACUACUCUGAGGCUAAAGAAUUGUUUGAGUUGCCGAUUGUUGCAAGUGACUGGGUCGUGUUGUCAGUGUACUGUGGGGUGCAACUCCCGAAAGAGGCUUUUGCUUUAGAAGGGAGGAUUUUUUCCGACAUUGUUGCUUGCCCGUUUGAGCUGUCAAAAGAAGACGCAGAAUCGCUGUGGUGCAUGAUAACGUACCAUGGUGGGAAGUGUCAGCUUCACCUGGACGAUAAAGUUACUCACUUGAUUACUGCUGCCAGUGAAGGGAAUAAAUAUGUGGCAGCACUUGACCAUUCUGAAAAGGUGAAAAUUGUCACACCCGACUGGGUCGUGGACUCCAUCACAAAAGGAGAGAGAGAAGAUGAGACUCUCUUCCACCCUCGUCUCAUCGAGUACCCCAAGCCUGAGCCAGAGCCAGAGCCAGAGCCAGAGCCAGUUGUUCCAGCAGCACCUCCAGUCGUUACUGCUGCGGAAACUCUGCCCCUCCCAGAACCCAUGGAUGUAAAUCUGGGGAAUCAGACCAUGGGCUUUUUGCCCUCUCCUGUUUCUAAGCAGCAGAUAGGAGAUGACAGAUUGGAGCUGGCUCGUCCGGAUACACCGAAUGCUAAAGAAGCCCUGGCCAGGAAGAUCACAAGCAGGAUUCAUGGCAAGAACUCCUCUGAGCCCACCACGCCCGAACGGCCGGUCCCGUCGCACUCCAUGGGCUCGCCCGGGGCAGCCAGCGGUGUGAGAAUCCCCUCUCCUGUCUCGACCAUGGCUCUUCAGCUGAGGAUGGACGGCAACAAUAUCCGCAACACCCUCCGAAACAUCACCAACCGCGCUACUCCCCCAGCCCCAGGUGUACAGCUGAGAGCGUCUGUGCCCACUGCAUCCCCAAAGAUGGUUCCAAUGGUUGGAAUGGGCAUGCCUCCCCAGGCUCGACCACCCCCGCCAGAAUAUCCCUUCCCGCCUCGGGCUGUUGCACCACCGCAGACGUCUCAGCCGGCUCCCGUCGCCUCCCACACAGCAAGCUCCACCCCCGCCCAGUCGCAAUCAGGCCCCACCUACUAUGGACAUGACCCGAAAGAAAAUGUUCCUUCAGAGUUUUGCCUUCUGGGAUGUGUGUUUUGCAUUAUUGAUUAUCACAACAUACUAGGCUCAGAUGAAAUUUCUUCAUGGAAAACGGUGAUUGAACAGUUUGGUGGGCAAGUGGAGACGUCCUAUUGUCCUCGAAUUACUCACGUUUUGUGUGCAAAUAGAAAGUCGGAUGUUUUCAAAACGGCCUUGAAGGAAGGUAAGCGAGUGGUGUCGGCGUUCUGGUUGAACGAUUGCCUGAUGCAGAAGAAAAUGUCUCCCCCGUGGCAAGCUCUUCAUCUUCCGUUGUCGUUUAAUUCAGAGAAACCGGGUUUUAAUCAGAUGAUCAGUGUCACUAAUUUUGAUGGAGAAGAAAGGAUGCGACUGAAGCAGAUGAUCAACGCUAUCGGAGCGAAGUAUACCGGCUACAUGACUCAUCACAACUCUGCCCUCAUCUGUAAAAAGCCGGGGGGCAUGAAGUUUGAAAAAGCGAAAGAAUGGAGGAUUGCGGUGGUGAAUGUGCAGUGGCUGUCUGACCUUGUCCUCGGACACAUGGACGCUCUUCGACUACCUGUUCACGUGCGCUAUCUUCAAGUUGGUCAGGGGAGAGAGUUCUACAUGGACCUUACUAGAGUUACACAUUUGAUGGGUGGAUGGAAGAGCCCAAUAAAAAUCACGAAGGAAACUUGGAAGAAGUGCAGUCCAACGGUCAUCUCUGCCUCGGGACAAGAAAACACGUGCACAAAUGGUCCCUCUCCUCCCAAGAGGCAGAAAGUGGAUUGCUCUGCCCCUGCCCCUGAAGUCGAGACAGGAGGGCCAAAGGUCAUGUUUACUCUUUACCCCAAGUCACAGGUGUCAAAGCUGGAGAAUAUUGUGAAGAUGCUGGGAGGUACGGUCGUGACCAACCCACGGCACUGUACCCAUCUGGUCUGUCCUAGCCUCGCUCGCACCAUCAAGUUUUUUGUGGCCAUCAACUGCUGCCGUCAUGUCGUCACCAGGGACUGGCUGGAGGACAGUGCGACACAGGACAGGUUUCUAGAAGAAUCGCGGUAUGCCCUCAAGGAUGAGAGAGGAGAGGCCGCUCUCGGAUGUGAUUUGUCCGAAUCUCUGCGGAGGUCGAGUGCAAAGCCGUUAUUUCAGGGUCUUACUUUUUACAUCAGCCCCAGCACAGUGCCUCCUGUCUGUGAGCUCAGCAGCAUCGUGGAGAGUGCAGGGGGGACGGUGGUGAAGAAGAGACCCGCGGCCAAGCACAUUGCAGCUUUGAUAGAUGAACAGGGGUUUCCCAAGUUUGUAGUGAUUACGUGUCUGAAUGACCUACAUUUGUGCCAAGAUUUGAGAAUGAGGAAAAUACCAAUCUUCAAUGCUGAAUUUAUCCUCACUGGAGUCAUGAGGCAGGAGGUGGAUUUCAAUGUCUUCAGAAUAGCGGCGCAGUGAAAAGAAUGUUCAGAUAACCACUCAGUGAAAAGAAUGUUCAGAUAACCACUCUGUGAAAAGAAUGUUCAGAUGACCACUCAGUGAAAAGAAUGUUCAGAAUCGCCUCUCAGCGAAAAGACACUCAUUUCAUGUGGAGAACAUCUGCUUUGGAAAAGCAUUCUGGUCCGUGAAGAGACUCCUUUGCAUUGUAUGGAGAGACACCCUGGGAAAACUCUCCACUGCAUGAAAAUACACUUUAGUAGCCUCAGUUGGAGAGACCGAAUCUCCAUGUCGAUGAUUUCAUCCUUGAAUUGGGGAGCUCCGGAUCAGCUUGUUUUAUUGGGGAGCUCUGGAUCAGCUUGUUUUAUUGGGGAACUCCGGAUCAGCUUGUUUUAUUGGGGAACUCCGGAUCAGCUUGUUUUGUUGGGGACAGAAAAAUCUUCCUGAUUUUGUCUCUUUUCCUUAUUAUUUAAUGGGAUUGAAGAGGAUAAAAAAAAAAUUAAGCUUGUUUAUUUUGCUUCAAGAGUAGGAAAUCACUAUUUAUCUGGUAUAUUAUUGUCAGAAGAUCAUCAUCAUCAUCAUCAUCCAGUGCCAGAUCUGCGACAGACAUCGGCGAUCAUGAUUUUCCGUUCAU